AUGGCCUCACAACGACCCACGUCCGCUGCGGGCGGAGGAAAGACCUACUUUGAACAACAGCGCGAACUUCUCAUUGGCGAAAUCGCAAUGAGUUUCGAGCAAGUCCUCGCAAACAUCAACAAGCUGAACAGAUCCCUCGAGUCGGUGAUCACCGUCGGCAACGAGUUUUCGUCCGUCGAGGCUCUCUGGUCGCAGUUUGAGGGAGUUAUGGGGAAGGAGGAGGAGAGCGGAGGGGGCGAAGACACGGUGAAGGAGGAGCGGGGGGCGAAGAGGGAGGAGGAGGAGACGGAGAUUACGGGACAUGGGGAUGAGGAGGAGGAGAGGAGUGAUAGGUGA